AUGUCCCAAUCCCUAUUCAUAACCGGUGGCAGCGGCUACAUCGGCUCGACGCUAAUCUCGCACGCCGCAGCAUCAGGCUACACCAUCACGGCGCUGUCACGCACGCCAGAGAGCGACGCAAAGCUCUCCUCGCUCGGCGCUGUUCCCAUCCGCGGCGACCUCAGCACUCUCGAUGUCCUCACCCGCGAGGCGUCCAGAGCAGAUGUGGUCAUCUCCAUCGCCGACUCCCUUGCCAGUGACUACUCCAUUUCAAAGGAAGAGCGCUUCCGCGUCAACGAUGCUGCCAAUGAUGCCCUCGCCCAGGGUCUAGAGGGCAGUGGUAAGCCGUUGCUGCUCACGGGCGGCAGUCUGAGCGCGGCAGCGGAUCCAGAGGGCAGGGAGACAGACGAGACGAGUCCAAAGUGGCCAGUGGAUCAUUGGCUGCAUCUGGAUCGCGAAGAGCCGACGAAGAGGUAUGUGGGUAUGGGUGUGCGAGUCUGCCACAUUCGCCUAGCGCCCUACGUGUACGGACGGGGGGGCAGCGGAGUGAAGCUGUUCAUGGGUAUGUGGAACCAGGCUGGUGCUGGGAUGAAGGUGGACGGGGGAGCAAAGCGCACGACAGCUGUACAUGUUGAUGAUGCUGUGAGAUUGUAUCUGCUUGUUGCUGAGAAGGGAGGGGCGGGAGAAAUGUACAAUGCGACUGCGCAGAACAAGGUAACGCAGGCCCAGCUUGCAGAGACCAUCUGCAAGGCUAUCGGCGUGCCUUGUCUCCCCAAGACGUACGACGAAGCAGUGCCCAAGGUGGGCGCGUUCCUUGCAGGGUUCCUGACGGUUGAGAAUCGGGCCAGCAACCGCAAGGCUAGGGAGGAGCUUGGAUGGGAGAUCAGAGAGAAGGGUAUCUUGGAGGACAUUGAAUCUGGAUCCUAUGUCGAAGUUGCAAAGGCGCUGAAGGAUGGUCGUACAUGA